AUGGCCAUAAAAAAAGGACACAAAAAGAAGGCCAAAUCACACAAUAACACUGCCUUUGCCAAAACAUUUUAUAAAUCACCUGACAUCAACAUUUCUAUGAACCAUGUCCAUUGGAGUUACGGAAAGAAUAUCUCUUAUGAAGAUGAAGAUACAGCAUUCAGUCGGAAUCAUACUUGGAAGCAGUGGAAAUCAUUAAAAGAAAUGCAGCUGUCCCCAAUUGAUUAUAAACAUCAUAAUUAUGCAUCAGGUGUAUGUGGAGCACCUAUGGCAGACUAUGCGCAUUUAGUUGUUGCAACCACAGAUGGAACCUCUUUACUAACAUUUGAAAAUAUACAAAAAGUGUGUAAACUGCAAAGUAGCCUCAUUCAACUGGGAGGGAAUGUUUAUUUUAAUCUGUGCCAACGAUCAACAAAAUCUGAAGCUCUAUGUUGUCCUAUAUGGAGCAUUCCAAAUUACAUUGCACUAAUAUCUGGCAAGAAUUCCUGCGAGAAUGUCACCAAAGAAGAUGUGGAUGCCACUGUUGAUAUUAUUAAAAAAUGUGCUACAUUCUUCCAUAAUUUUACUUUAAUGGCUUCAUGUGAAAUGAACCGCUGUAAGGUGCCAAAAUACUGUACUCAGUAUGAUGCUGUAUAUAAUUUAUUAUUCUAUAUUCUAGAUUCAGAUGCAUUUUCUCCAAAAAAUUUUACAAAUACUUUUGUAAGAAAUACUAUGGUAUUCUUGCCAUUGCCUAGUAGUAGUACUAUAUUGCCAUAUUAUGAUAAUUUACAGAACUCAAACUUAUCAUGUGGUGAUCUUGUUAUACCAGCUAUGGAUUUUGGGUUGAGAAAUGCCCUAUUUGAUUUGUGGAUUAUUCAGGAUACUUGGCUUAUUGCGUUGGGAGGCCUCUUUGUUCUCAUCGGAGUAUGUAUUUAUACAAAGUCAUUAUUGUUAACAGUAUUGUUAUUUAUAGCUAUAGCGUACUCUCUUGGCGUAGCUUACUUUUUAUAUGUUUAUGUCUUCUUUUUGGAAUUUUUUCCCUUUAUGAAUUUAUUAGUCGUAGUAGUUGUGAUAGGUAUAGGAGCUGAUGAUGCAUUUAUUUAUGUAAAAGUUUGGACAAUGAUUAGUAAGAGACUCAUUAAAGAUAAUAUUAUAAUCCAGGAAAAUGGAUAUACAGAUAUAAAAAACGUAUCUAGCGCCGGUGAGACGAUUUUAGUCCAAAUUCUUGAAGAAACAUUAAAGCAUACAGUAUUAGCAAUUUUUAUAACAACAUUAACGACGGCUGUCGCAUUUUUUGCUUCUUAUGUUAGCUAUAUACCAGCCAUUAAUUGUUUUAGUGUAUUCGCUGGCACCACAGUCUUGGUUAAUUUCUUUCUCAUGAUGACUUGGUUGCCAGCUUCAGUAUUUAUUCUUGAUGUUAAACUGUUUGUGUCUAAGUAUGUGUUUUUAGGUGCAUUUAGGAGGGUACUGAAUGAAAUUGGAGGGGAUAUCAAAGUUGUAUUAAAUAGAUUUAUCACAAGUUGUAUCAUGAGAUUACACGUAGGUUUAGCAAUGAUUCUUGGUGCUGUAGGUAUUUGUAGUAUUGUCAUCGUUUUCUAUUAUCCAGGUCUCCAAUUACCUGACACGAAGCAAUUCCAACUUUUUCAGUCUUCACAUCCCUUCGAGAAGUAUGAUUUUGUGUAUAGUGAUAGAUUCAUAUUCGAGAAAUUUGGUCGAGACAUUGGUAGCGGUGUGAAGAUGCCACUUCGUUGGAUUUGGGGUGUGAAAGCUAUUGAUAAUGGGAAUCACAUGGACCCUUCUUCCAGAGGCAAGUUGAUUUUCGACGAAGACUUUAGUAUAUCUAAGCCAGAAUCUCAAGAGUGGUUGUCGAAGUUCUGUAGGAAUUUAAAAAGUCAGGCAUUCUACCAGCCGACCCUGGGUCCCCUUUUACCGAAUUGCUUUAUCGAAAGCUUUAAAAUGUAUAUGAGUAGACGUUGUUUCGAUGUUAUAGAUAAAAUGAAUCGUACGCCGUGUUGCGAAUCUUCCCGCUUCCCAUAUUCAAAAGAGAUUUUCGACUUUUGUAUUAUUAAGGCUAUGGAGUCCCUCUAUCAAACACCGCGGGAGAUAUUUAUUCCUGGUGUGGCCGGACCUAAGUUUCUACGAAGCGCCAAUCCUCCUGUUGUUGCCGCGGUGGUUGUAGAGUUCGAAAGCGUUGUGCCCUAUUCGAUGUCGUAUACAGAAAUGCAUAAUUUCUAUCAGCAAGUCGAGAAUUGGACACAGCAUGAGUUACAAAGUGCGCCGCCAGGCAUGGCAAACGGUUGGUUUGUUUCUGAUCUCCAAUUCUACGAUUUGCAAAGGACGUUGGCCAGUGGCACUGUUAUGGCGCUCCUCUUAUCCGCAGCUUUGGGAUUUAUAGUUUUGAUCCCCUCUACAUUCAAUUUAGUUGUAAGUAUUUGUGCAUUAGUCGCAAUGAUCUUUUCCUCAACUGCGACGAUAGCAAUUUUGGUGUUGAGCGGUUGGAAAUUGAAUAUUCUAGAAAGUGUUUCUAUAUCAACAUCCGCUGGUCUCGCUGUUGAUUUUAGCUUACAUUAUGCUCUUAGCUACACGAAUGCUAGUGGAACUAAAUCUGCAAGAGUUAAAUAUGCAUUAAGCACGUCUUCCGGACCUACAGCCGCAGCCGCUUUUACUUCUGGUUUAGCUGGUAUAUUUCUUUUACGCUCGAAUCUCCUUCCAUAUUCCCAAAUUGGUAUGUUUUUGGCGUUAAUCAUGUCUAUUAGUUGGUUGUAUGCAACAUUUUUCCUUUGCUCUCUGCUACAAAUAUUUGGACGCAGUUCGUCUAAAGACAUUGUACCCGAAGAGAAGAAGACGGCAUCUAGAGUGAGUUCCAUUUGUUCCGGCGUACCGAAUAUAGAGAGUCAUGAAUUGGAACAUUUAGCGGACAGCAAUCGAACCAACAUCACACACUCGCACAGUCCAUCUAAUUUAAGCGCAACGACGGUAGUCCUGCACGAAGACUUCGAAAAUAAGGCGGGAAAAACUACAGUUAACUUAGUCAACGACUGA